GACCUUCUGCCGCACGUCCCUGCCGUCGCUGGGGUUUCUGUUUUAUUUUCCUGGAGGGGGAAGGGGGGGGGUUGAAACCCAAACCAACAUGGUCUCCCCAUGUCCUCUGUUCCCCUCUUCCCUCUUCCCCCUUCUGUCAUCUCAGUAGGAAUCGGCUUUUUCUUGCCCUGCCCAGAGCUUUGUUCUCCUCAGGCUCAGACAAGACUCCAGGAAGGAAGCCAGGAUGGAUUACAGCUCCCUCAGCGGAGUGCCCCGGUUCCUGACCCGGCCCAAGGCGUUCAUGGUGUCCGUGGGGAAGGAUGCCACCCUGAGCUGCCAGAUCAUCGGAAACCCCAUCCCGGUUGUGAGCUGGGAGAAGGACAAACUGCCAGUCCAGUCUGGGGGGAGGUUUAAAACCACGGAGGACGGGGAUCUCUAUCGGCUCACCAUCUACGACCUGAGCCUGGAGGACAGUGGCCAGUACAUCUGCCGGGCCAAGAACACCAUCGGGGAGGCCUUCGCCGCCGUCAGCAUCAAGGUGGGGGAGGAGACCACGGUGACGGAGCAGGCCCCUUACUUCAUCCAGAGACCCUCCAACAUCAAGGUAACCCUGGGAGAAGAUGCCAUGUUCAAGUGCAAAGUCCAGGGCAGCCCUCCCCUCUCGGUGAACUGGGAGAAGGACGGGAGGCACCUGCGGAACCAGGCGGACGCCGGGCGCUUCCAGAUCGAGUCCGCCGGGGAGUCCAACGCUCUGACCAUCCAGUGUGCCCGGCUGGGGGACAGCGGCACCUACACCUGCCGGGCAGAGAACCUCAUCGGCUCCGCCAGCGCCUCGGCCGCGCUGGUGGUGGAGACACGCGGCUCCUCCAACCCGGGCAGCAGCGCCAACUUCGACUCCGGCUGCGGGAAGACGGCGUCCUUGCUGUCCCACCUGCAGAAGAGGCGGGAGGAGAUCAGGAAGAUGGACGUCUCCUACAGCAACCUGGACUCGACCUCUGCCCAGUCUUACUCCGAAGGGUUGUCCGGCGUCGGCUACGGGCUCUCCCGGGAUUACGAGCGGGCGGCGGGGCUCUCCAAGGGGGCUCGGAACGCCACCUUCGGGGCUCUGACGCGCACGUGCAGCGUCACGGAGGGCAAACACGCCAAGCUGAGCUGCUACGUGACGGGGGAGCCCAAGCCGGUGAUCGUGUGGAAGAAGGACAACGAGGUCAUUUCGGAGGGGCGGCGGCACGUCAUCUACGAGGACGACCAGGAGAACUUCGUGCUGAAGAUCCUCUUCUGCAAGCAGGUGGACAACGGGCUGUACACCUGCACGGCCUCCAACCUGGCGGGCCAGACCUACAGCUCCGUGCUCGUCACCGUCAAAGAACCCGCCAUACCCUUCAAGGAAAAACUGAAGGACCUCGAGGUGAGGGAGAAGGAAUCUGCCACCUUCCAGUGCGAGGUGCCCGUUCCCGGGACAGAGACCUCCUGGUUCAAGGAGGAGACCAAGCUCAGGCAGAGCAAGAAGUACAACAUCGAGGAGGAGGGCACGUACCGCCGGCUCACCGUGCAGAACGUCACCGCCGACGAUGACGCCGUUUACAUCUGCGAGAUGAAAGAAGGGAGCAGGACCAUUGCAGAGCUGUCUGUCCAAGGGAACAUAAUUAAAAAGCUUCCACGGAAGACUGCGGUGUUCAUCCACGACACAGCCACCUUCUGCGUGGAGCUGGACGACGACUGCCAGAACGUCCGGUGGCUCAAAAACAAGGAAGAGGUGAAGCCCAGCGACCGCAUCUCCAUCACACGCUCUGGCAAACAGCACACCAUGACCAUCCGAGAGUGCAAGGUGGAAGAUGCUGGGGAGAUUGCCUUCCUGGCUGAUGAAAGCAGGACUACCACCCAGUUCACUGUGACCACGCCCAAAAAACCUCCCACCCAACCCCCAGCCGACCCUGUGGUGAAAAAUAAAACAGAAACCUCAGUGACCCUGGCAUGGUCCCCUCCCAAGAUGGACCGGCCCAUUCCAGUCGACGGGUACAUCGUGGAACGCAAGAAACUCACCGGCUUCACCUGGGUGAGGUGCCACGAGUCCCACGUCCCUGCCCCAGAGCUCACCGUGAGCAACCUGGCAGAAGAGGCUGAUUAUCAGUUCAGAGUGUCUGCAGUCAACUCCUAUGGACAGAGCCCCUACCUGGAAUUCCCCGGGAGUGUCCACCUUGAACCAGUGCUGGCUGUGAAAAGCCCCCUGACAGCAGCUGAGGCUGUACCUGGAGGGGAUGCCCUGUUUACUGUCGACCUCACCAAGACGUGUUCUGGCACCUGGUACCUCAAUGGUAAAGUCUUACAGGAAAGUGAGACCUGCAUCAUCAAGAGAACCCAAACCACUCACACCCUCGUCAUAAAGAAUGUCACCAAGAAGGAUGAUGGAGCAGAAGUGAAAUUUGUUGCCAACGACGUUGAGACCAGCACCAAGAUGAGAGUGAAAGGUGCUGCAGUGAGAUUUACCAACAAGAGCAAAGAGGCAGAAAAGGUCUCUGCUCGGCUGAGGGAGGAAGCCAAACUCCAGGCUGAGCUUUCAGACACAGAGGCCACAGUGAAGUGGCUGAAAGAUGGGAAGGAGCUCAAGGCCAGUGAAAAAUAUGAGCUUCAAACUGUGGGGAAGAGGCACAUCCUGAAAAUCCGCAGCACUUGUGCAGAGGAUGCUGGAGCUUAUGAGUGCACCUGUGAAGGGGAUAAAAUGCUCUUUCAGCUUUCAGUGAAAGCACUUGCAAACUUUAUAAACAAAGAGAAAAGUGGAGGACUUGUCAAGGCCAUCACUGGAAAACAGGCUGAAUUUGUUUCUGAGACCUCCGAGGCCAAUGUCAUGGUGAAGUGGUACAAAGAUGGGAAAGAAAUCACAGCCAGCAAGAAAUUCACCCUGGAAGAUAAAGGAAAGCUGCACAAGCUCGUGGCUUCGGCUGUGACAAAGGAAGAUGAAGGAACUUACACGUGCAAAAUUGGAGAUGACACCCUUGCUUUUGAUUUAAAAGUCUCAGACGAAGCUGUUACUUUUGUCAACAAGCCCAAGACGACUCCAGAAGUAUCAGUCAGUCCUUCUGAAACCCUGGAGCUGGUGUGUGAGGUGUCAGCUGCCAGCGGAGCUGUGGUGUGGAAGAGGGAUCACACCGAGGUGAAGCAGGACCAGAGGACGACAGUGGUGUCCCAGGGGACACAACGAAAGCUCAUCGUCAAGAGGGUGACCCAGCAAGACCAAGGGAGCUACACCUGCGAGGUGAAGGGUGACAGAAUAACAUUCCAAGUCAAAGUCAGAGAGCCAGAAGUUGUGUUUACAAACAAGGACAAAGUGAAGAAAGAGGUGAAAGCUGCACUCUCAGAAGAUGCCACUCUGAGCUGCGAGGUGGCCCAGGACAAGACUGAGGUGAAGUGGUACAAGGAUGGGAAGCUGAUCACCUCCAGCAAGAAGUUCAAGGUGGAGUCGGAGGGCAAAUCUCGUCGUCUGGUGGUGGGUCAGGUGGAGAAGAAGGAUGCUGGGGAGUACAGCUGCGAGGCUGCUGGCCAGAAACUCACCUUCAGGAUCCAUGUCACAGAGGCAGAAGAUGCCUUUGUCCACAAGGAGAAGGUGCAGAAAGAGGUGAAAGCUGCACUCUCAGAAGAUGCCACUCUGAGCUGCGAGGUGGCCCAGGACAAGACUGAGGUGAAGUGGUACAAGGAUGGGAAGCUGAUCACCUCCAGCAAGAAGUUCAAGGUGGAGUCAGAGGGCAAAUCUCGUCGUCUGGUGGUGAGUCAGGUGGAGAAGAAGGAUGCUGGGGAGUACAGCUGCGAGGCUGCUGGCCAGAAACUCACCUUCAGGAUCCAUGUUGCAGAUGACGCGUUUGAACACAGAGACAAAGUGCAAAGGGAGGUGAAGGCAGUGCUGAAGGAGGACACUACUCUGAGCUGCGAGGUGGCCCAGGACAAGACUGAGGUGAAGUGGUACAAGGAUGGGAAGCUGAUCACCUCCAGCAAGAAGUUCAAGGUGGAGUCAGAGGGCAAAUCUCGCCGUCUGGUGGUGAGUCAGGUGGAGAAGAAGGAUGCUGGGGAGUACAGCUGCGAGGCUGCUGGCCAGAAACUCACCUUCAAGAUUGAUGUCACAGAGCCAGAAGUUGUGUUCACAAACAAGCAGAAGGUGCAGAAAGAGGUGAAAGCUGCAGUCUCAGAAGAUGCCACUCUGAGCUGCGAGGUGGCCCAGGACAAGACUGAGGUGAAGUGGUACAAGGAUGGGAAGCUGAUCACCUCCAGCAAGAAGUUCAAGGUGGAGUCAGAGGGCAAAUCUCGUCGUCUGGUGGUGGGUCAGGUGGAGAAGAAGGAUGCUGGGGAGUACAGCUGCGAGGCUGCUGGCCAGAAACUCACCUUCAGGAUCGAUGUCACAGAGCCCAAACCUGCAUUUAUAAACCAGGAGAAGGUCCAGAAGGAGGUGAAGGCUGCGCUGACAGAAAGCGCCUCCCUCGUGUGCGAGGUAGCACAGGAUGCAACCGAAGUGAAAUGGUUCAAGGAUGGAAAACUCCUGGUUUCCUCCAGAAAAUUCAAAAUAGAGACCAUGGGCAAAACCCGGCGCCUGGUUAUAGAGCAGCUGGAGAGGAAGGAUGCUGGGGAAUACAUCUGUGAGGCUGCGGGCCAGAAGAUGACAUUCAAACUGGAACCAACUGAACCAGAAGCUAAAUUUGAAAAGAAAGUUGUCCAGAAAGAGCCUCUCGUUGUUCAAGAACAUGAGAGUAUCACACUGACAACCUCAGUGACGCCUGAAACUGCUGCAGUGAAGUGGCUCAAGGACGGGACAGAAAUCAAGGCGAGCAAGAAAUGUGUGAUCAAGAGUGAGGGGGCGUCCAGGACCCUGGUGGUGAACCUGGCUGAGAGCACAGACACUGCUGUCUACACCUGCCAGACCAAGAAUGACAAGCAGGAGUUCAAAGUGCAGGUGAAAGAAAUCCCGGUGAAGUUUGCCAAGAAGCUGGAAGCCGUCAAGGCCGAGAUUGGGGGCAGUGUCUCGUUGAGCUGUGAGCUGAGCCACCCCAGGGGGAAGGUGACCUGGCGCAGGAAUGGAGUCGAGAUCAAGCCCAGCAAACGUUUCCAGGUUCACGAGGAGGGGAUCAAACGGACCCUGACAAUAACGGGGAUCCGGGCUGAGGAUGAGGGGGAGUACUCCUGUGAAUCCAGAGAUGACAAGAGCAGCAUUACCAUCACCCCCAAAGCUCCCAGAGUGGUGAAAUUCAUUACCAGCCUCAACAGCGUGGUGUCUGAGGAAGGAAAGGAGGCUGUGUUCAAGUGCACCAUCUCUCCCAGCGACGCCGUGGUCACUUGGCUCAGGAAUGGUGUCAAGAUUGAAGCCAGCAAGAAGUAUGUGAUCUCCCAGAAGGACACCAACCACAGCCUCACCAUCACUGACCUGACACUGGAAGAUGCAGCUGAAAUCUGCGCCAGUGCUGAGGGUGUGGAGAGCACAGCCAACCUCAGGGUCCGAGAGGCCUCGAUCUCAUUCAAGAAGAAACUGGAGCCCAGAACAGUUGAAGAGAGGGAGACAGUGACCUUGGAGGUGGAGCUGACCAAGCCUGCAGAGGUGAAGUGGAUGAGGAACAGCAUCGUGCUGAAGCCCAGCGACAAGAUAGAGAUCAAAGCUGAGGGAACAAAGCACACCUUGGUGGUGAAGGACAUCUCCUUUGCAGACAGGGGCUUCUACUGCUGUGAGAGCCCUGAUGACAAGACCCAAGCCAAGAUCAACGUGGAAAUGAGGCAGAUCAAGCUGGUGAAAGGCCUUCAGCCCCUGGAAGUUGCUGAGAAAGGGACUGUCACCUUCGAGGUGGAGGUGUCACACGAGGACGUGGAAGGGACCUGGCAGAGGGACGGAGUUCGGCUGAAACCCGCACCCAACAUCAGCUUCGGCGUCCUGGGCAAGAAACACUCACUGACCCUCUCCUCGGUGGCCCUUGAGGAUGCAGGGGUCAUCUCCUUCAAGGCAGAAGGCAUCAAUUCAUCAGGGAGACUCACUGUGAAAGAAUUGCCUGUGAGAAUCAGCAAACCUCUGGUGGAUGUCAGUGUGACUCAGAAACUCAAGGCCACAUUCGAGUGUGAGCUGUCCAGGCCCAAUGUGAAUGUGAAGUGGUUCAAGGAUGGGAAGGAGAUCCGGCAAAGUCAAAAUGUGGCGUUUGUUGCCCAGGGAAAUAAGAGAAGCCUCAUUAUUCACAAGUGUGAAUAUGAAGACCAGGGAACCUACAGCUGUCAAGCAGCUGAAGACAAGACAUCAGCUACUCUAAAGGUUCAUGCCCGAGAUAUCAAGAUUGUAAAGCCACUGGAAGAUGUGGAAGUGAAUGAAUAUGAGAGUGCAUCCUUUGUCUGUGAGAUUUCACAUGAUGAGGUCGAAACCCAGUGGUACAAAAACGACAACAGGCUGAAGACUUCCGACAAUAUCAAAAUGCGACAGGAUGGGAAGACCUACUCUCUGACCUACGCCCGUGUCCACGUGGAGGAUGCGGCAGAGAUCAAAUUUGUGGCAGAAAAGGCGGAAUCUCGCGCUCAGCUGACCGUGAAAGAGCUGCCUGUAAAAAUAGUGAAGCCUCUGAGAGACAAGAUCGCUCUCGAGAAGCACCGGGGGUUCCUGGAGUGCCAAGUGUCUCGUGCCAACGCCAAGGUCCGGUGGUUCAAGAGGGACGUGGAAAUUCGCCCCAGCGACAAAUACGAGAUCGUGAGCGAAGGCGUCUACAGGAAACUCAUCAUCAACGACGCCGACUACGAGGAUGAGGACACCUACACCUGCGAUGCCUUCGAUGACAAAAGCAGUGCUAACUUCUUUGUUGAAGAGCAAGCCAUUAAUAUCGUGAAGGAGUUGUGUGAUGAGGAUGUGACUGAGCCUGAAGAAGCCAAUUUUGAAUGUGAGACAUCCAUUCCAUCCGUGAAACCCGCCAAGUGGUUUCUACGUGGAGAAGCUUUACAGCCUGGCAGAAACUUCAUCAUGCAGCAGGAAGGCACCAUCCACAGGCUGACAAUAGUGAAAACAAGUGCUGAUAUGACAGGAACCAUCCAGUUCUCCAUUGGCAAAUCAAAAUCCACAGCGAACCUGCUUGUCAGAGAUUACCACAUACAGAUCACCAGGAAGCUGGAGGACAAGACCGUCCUGGAGAAACACUCGGCCGUCCUGUCCUGUGACUUCAGGCCCUCUCCAAAGAUUGUGAAGUGGUUCAAGGACCACGUGCUCAUCGAGCCCUCUGAGAAGUACAAGAUCAAGCGGGAGCAAUACUCAGCAGAGCUCAAGAUCUUGAAGGUGAAGCCUGAAGAUGCCGGAAUGUACAAGUGCCGGGCUGGGAACGCAGAGACCAGAGCCACGCUCACCGUCGAAGCCCGGAAUGUGGAAGUCCUCAAACACCUGCAGGACGUGGAAAUCGAGGAAGACAGCUCUGCCGUGUUCUCCUGCGAGCUGUCCCACGACGACGAGGACGUGGAGUGGUUCCUCAACGGCACCCUCCUCUACACCAACAACUUCAACGACAUCAAGAGCGUUGGCAAGGUCUACACGCUGACCAUGAAGCAGGUGAAGCCUGAGGACGCUGGCACGGUGACAAUGAAGUCAGACAAGGUGUCGGAGAGUGUGAGGCUGAAGGUCAUAGAGAAACCUGCUGUCUUCAUGAAAGCCUUGGAUGACGUUUUUGGUGAGGAGCGAGGUGUGAUCAAACUGGAAUGCGAAGUCUCCAAAGAGAAGGUCAAACCCAUUUGGAAAAAGGAUGGUGUGAAGAUCCCUUCUAGUAAAAAGUACGAGGAGAUACAGACUGGGAAGACCCUGUGCCUCCUUAUCCAUGACCUUGAAAAGACAGAUGCAGGUUUAUACACCUGUGACAUUGGCACUGAUGUUGCCAAGUCAAAGGUCAGCGUUCAGGAGCUGAACAUCGGCAUCACCAAACGGCUGAAGAACACCGAGAUCCAGCUGGGAGAGGACUGCACCUUCGAGUGCAUUUUGUCCCACGAGAGCAUCGAUGACUUCAGCUGGACGCUGAACGGGAGGAAAGUGGAGAGUGGGGGGAGGUUUAAAGCCUCCAACGCGGGUCGGAAAUACACCCUCAGCAUCCAAAAGGUGACUCCCGACGAUGCCGGGGAGGUCGUGUUCACUGCCCGAGGUCUGACCUCCAAGGCUUCUCUGGCUGUGAAAGAGAAACCAACCGAGGUUACAAAACAGCUGGAGGAUAAAACAUCACAAGCAGGGCAGGACAUCAACCUGAGCUGUGAACUGUCCAAACCUGAUGUGAACAUCAGGUGGUACAAGGACGGCAAAGCAAUCCGGAAAAGCCAGAAAUACGACUUGCAGCAAGAGGGAACACGGGCCAUCCUGAUCAUCCACGACUCCACGGUCAAGGACAGUGGGGAAUACACCUGUGAGACAGAGAGCUCCAAAACAACAGCCAAGAUCACAGUGCAAGAAAAACCUAAUUAUUUUGUCAAGGAGCUUUCAGACCUGAAAGUGGACGAGAAUGGGACUGCAGUUUUCACGUGCCAGAGCGAGAGAGCUGCAUCCUCUGUGGUCUGGAGGAAAGGCAUCGCCGAGCUCAGGGCCGGCAGGAAAUACGAGGUCACGCAGCAGGGACAAGUCCUCCAGCUGACCAUAAAGAACCUGGAGAAAAGCGACAGUGACACUUACAGCUGUGACAUUGGUGAUGCCCAGUCCAGAGCCAAGCUGGUCGUGCAAGGCCAGAAAGUGCUAAUAACAGAAGACCUGGAAGAUGUCACUGUGUUAGAAGGAGAAUCUGCCACGUUCAAGUGCAGAAUCUCUCCCGUAGACUGUAGCAAAGUGCAGUGGUUUUUGGAUAAGACCCCACUCCAUACCAAUGAACUUAAUGAGAUCCAGUCCCAGCCUGGGGGAUAUCACCUGCUAACGCUGAGAAAGCUCUCACUGAAGGACUCGGGGGUCAUUACAUUUGAAGCUGGUGAUAAGAAAACAUCUGCCAGUUUGGUUGUGAAAGAGGAGCCCUGAGGCUUCACAAAGGAGCUGAUUGAUACUGGAGAGUGUAAGGGAGAGGAUGUGAUCCUUCACUGUGAAACCUCCAAAUCAGACAGGCCUGUAAAGUGGUGCAAAGGUGGGAAGAGCCUCAGGAAUUCUUCCAAGUACAACAUCUGGUUGGGAUCUGAAGCCAAGCUUGUUGUUCACAGGGGAAGAGACAGUGGCAGAUGUGAGUGUGAGGCUGGAGCAGCUAAAAGCAGUGCAGUUAUUACUGUCAAGGAAAAGCCACUCCUUUUCAAGCAAGAGCUCCAAAACGAAGAGGCUAGAGAAGGAAAACAGGUCAAGCUGACCUGUGAGCUCAGCAAACCUGGUGCCCCAGUGAAAUGGAUGAAGGGAGACACUGUCCUCCAUGCCAGUGAGAAGUAUGAGUUUAAGCAGCACGGAACUGUGGCAGAGCUCAUUAUCCGAGAUGUCAAAACCGUGGAUGCUGGGGAAUACACCUGCAGCUCUGGGGAGCUCAAAACCACUGCCCGGGUCAAAGUGAACGCUGUGCCUGUCCUUUUCAAACAAGCCCUGGAGAACACGGAUACGGACGAAGGGAAAUCCGUCUCCUUGCGCUGCGAACUCUCAAAAGCCGAUGCCACCGUGGUGUGGAAGAAGGGAGGAGCCACGCUCCAGGCAAGUGCCAAAUAUGAAAUGAAGCAGAAGGGGACAGUGGCAGAGCUGGUGAUUCAUAAUGCAGAGCCAGAAGAUGCGGGAAGAUACACCUGUGACACUGGAGACCAGCAGAGCACAGCCCAAGUCAAAAUCCAUGCUGCCUCUGUGCUCUUUAAGGAAGAGCUGAAGCCCGUGGAAGCUGUGGAAGGUGGGGCAGCCACCCUGCAGUGCCAGCUGAGCAGAGAGGCCCCUGUGGAGUGGAGGAAGGGGCAAACUCUUCUCCGGCCGAGUAACAAGUACAAGAUGAGGCAGGAGGGCACAGUGGCUGAGCUGCUGAUCCAUGAUCUGGACCCAAAGGAUGCUGGAGACUAUUCAUGUCUAGUGGGGAACCAAAAAACCACGGCAGCCUUGUCAGUGAAUGCCCUGCCAGUGCGUUUCAAAAAGGAGCUGAGGAACGAGGAGGCCACGGAGAGCGGGACGGCGACGCUGCAGUGCGAGCUGAGCCGGCCCGGGGGCUCGGUCCAGUGGAGCAGGGAUGGGAAGGUGCUGGAGCCAAAUGGAAAGUACAAAAUGAGACGGGAAGGGCGCUUCGUUGAGCUGGUUAUCCAAGACCUGGACUUGGCGGAUGCCGGGAGCUACACCUGCACCUGUGGAGACCAGAAGACAACGGCUGCUCUGAGAGUGAAUGCCUUGCCUGUCCUCUUCCAAGAAGAACUGAUGAACAAGGAAGCUACAGAGGGAGAGGCAGUGACUUUGCACUGUAAACUGAGCAAAUCUGCCCCAGUUGAGUGGAAAAAGGGGAAUGUGGUCCUCAAGCCAAGUGAAAAAUACAAAAUAGAGCAGGAAGGUCCCUUUGCAGAGCUGAGGAUCCAGGAUUUGGGAUUGGCAGAUGCUGGUGAUUACCACUGUGUGUGUGGAGACCAACAGACUACAGCUGCUUUGACAGUAAAUGUCCUGCCUGCUCUUUUCACCAAAGAACUGACAGACCAAGAAGCCACCGAGGGUAAAAGUGUCUCCCUGCACUGUGAGCUGAACAAGGCAGCUGCCAAGGUGGAGUGGAAGAAGGGCUUCAAGACCCUCAAGCCAAGUGACAAAUACAAAAUGAAACGGGAAGGUGUGGCUGCUGAGCUCACAAUCCAGAACCUGGACACGACGGACGCUGGGAAUUACUCCUGUGUGUGUGGGGACCAGCAGACUAUGGCAGUUCUGACAGUUCAUGCUCUGCCUGCGUAUUUCAAAGAAGGGUUGAAGAACAGGGAGGCCACAGACGGUGGAACAGCCACCCUGCACUGCGAGCUCAGCAAGGUGGGGGUCCCUGUGGAGUGGAAAAAAGGGGACAAGACACUCAAACCCAGUGAAAAGUUCAGGAUGAGGCAAGAAGACACGGCUGCAGAGCUGCUGAUCCGAGACCUGGAGGUGGAAGACACAGGAGAAUACACCUGUGUGUGUGGAGAGCAGAAGACCUCGGCUGUCUUGACAGUCCACGCUUUGCCUGCACUGUUCAAAAAGGAUCUUGUCCCUGUGGAAGCCACGGAAAGCAGGGCGGCUGUUCUGCAGUGUGAGCUGACCAAACCCGCCCCAGUGGAGUGGAGGAAAGGGCAGGAGGUGCUCCAGCCUAGUGAGAAGUACAAAAUGAGGCUGAAGGACACCGUUGCUGAGCUGACAAUCCAUGGCCUGGAGGAACAGGAUGCAGGAGAUUACACGUGUGUGUGUGGAGACAAGACAACCACAGCUUCCCUGACAGUGCAUGCCCUCCCUCCACGUUUUAAAGAGGAGCUGAGGAACGUGGAAGGCACGGAAAAAGGCACGGCCACUUUCCGCUGCGAACUGAACAAGCCCGGAGCCGCCGUGGGGUGGAGGAAAGGAGACACAGCCCUGGGGACAGGUGACAAGUUCACCAUGAGAUGCCAGGGCACGAUUGCUGAGCUGGUGAUCCGUGAUUUGGACCUGGCAGAUGCUGGGGAUUACACGUGCUGCUGUGGAGAUCAGAGAACCACGGCUGCGCUGAGAGUGAAUGCCUUGCCUGUGCACUUCAAGAAGGAGAUGACAAACGAGGAAGCCACAGAAGGUGGAACAGCCACUCUCCAGUGUGAACUGUCCAGACCUGCCCCCGUGGAGUGGAAAAAGAAGCACAAGGUGCUCAAGCCGAGUGAAAAAUACACUGUGAGGCAGGAAGGCACCACAGCACAGCUGCUGAUCCACGCCCUGGAGGUCAAGGAUGCUGGGGAAUACACCUGUGUGUGUGGAGAGGAGAAGACAACUGCAGCACUGACAGUGCAUGCCCUCCCUGCCCUCUUCAAGGAGGAACUGAGAGAUGAGGAAGCCGAGGAGGGCAAAGCGGUGACUCUGCGCUGUGAGCUGACCAAACCCGCCCCGGUGGAGUGGAGGAAGGGACACACGGUGCUCAGACCUAGUGAGAAGUACAAAAUGAGGCAGAAGGAUGUCACUGCAGAGCUGGUGAUCCAGAGCCUGGCUGAGAGUGAUGCUGGUGAUUACACCUGUGUGUGUGGGGACAAGGAGUCCACGGCUGCCUUGGCAGUGCAUGUGCUGCCUGCGGGGAUCAGGGAGAGCCUGAAGGACCAGGAGGUGACGGAGGGUCAAGGGGCCACUCUGUGCUGUGAGCUGACCAAGGCUGCCCCAGUGGAGUGGAGAAAGGGCAGCACUCUGCUCAGAGCCAGUGACAAGUACAAGAUGAGGCAGGAGGGCGCAGUCAUGAAGCUGCUUAUCCAUGAUGUGGAGCUGAAAGACGCUGGAGAAUACACAUGUGUGUGUGGAGAGCAGGAGACAACAGCUGCCUUGAUAGUGCAUGCCCUGCCAGCACUUUUCAAAGAAGGCCUGAAGGACCUGCAAGCCCUGGAAAGCCAAACAGCCACCCUGCGUUGUGAGCUGACCAAGGCUGCAGCUGUGGCGUGGAAGAAAGGGGACAAAGUGCUCAGGGCAAGUGAGAAACACAUCAUGAGGCAGGAAAGUGGCCUUGCUGAGCUGGAAAUCCGCGACCUGGAGCUGCAGGAUGCAGGAGAUUACACCUGUGUGUGUGGAGACCAGCACACCACGGCGUCUCUGGCAGUGAAGGCCCUGCCAGUGCUUUUCAAGGAAGAACUGAAGAGUGAAGAAGCCCAGGAAGGAGCAUCAGUCACUCUGAGUUGUGAAUUAACCAAAGAAGCUCCAGUGAAGUGGAAAAUUGGGCCCAAAGUGCUCAAAGCAAGUGACAAAUAUCAAAUGAGACAGUCUGGCACCACUGCAGAGCUGGUCAUUCAUGACCUAGAAGUAAAAGAUGCUGGAGAUUACACCUGUGUGUGUGGUGACCAGAAGACAACAGCAACCUUGGCAGUUCAUGCUCUGCCCCCACUCUUUAAGGAAGAGCUCCAGGACAAGGAAGCAGGAGAAGGUGGAGAAGUCACCCUGCACUGUGAGCUCACCAAGGCUGCUCCAGUGCAGUGGUGGAAGGACCAGAGGAUGCUCAAAGCAAGCGAGAAAUACAAAAUGAGGCAGGAAGGGACCAAGGCAGAGCUGGUGAUCCAUGAAAUAAGUGAGGAGGAUGCAGGAGGCUACACCUGUGUGUGUGGGGAGCACCGGAGCACAGCUGUCCUGACAGUCCAGGCUGUGCCUCCAUUUUUCCAAGAGGAAAUGACCAGCAAGGAAGCAGUAGAAGGUGGAACGGCCACUUUUCAGUGUGAGCUCAGCAAGGCGACAGCCCCUGUCCAGUGGAAGAAGGGCCACCACGUCCUCACCUCGGGCAAGAAGCACAGCAUGAGGCAGGAAGGCCGUGUGGUGGAGCUGGUGGUUCAUGACUUGGACCUGGAUGACAGUGGAGAUUAUACCUGUGUGUGUGGAGACAAGAGCACCACAGCUGCCCUAACAGUGCAUGCACUGCCUCCAGAAUUCAAGAGAGGCCUGAAAGACCUCGAGGCCGUGGAAAAUGGCACAGCUGCUCUGCACUGUGAGCUGACUAAACCUGCUGUGGUGGAGUGGAAGAAAGGGCAGGAGGUGCUCAAGGCAAGCAGCAAGUAUAAAAUGAGCCAAGAUGGUGCCGUUGCAAAGCUGAUUAUCCGUGAGCUGGAUGUGGAGGAUGCUGGAGAUUACACCUGUGUGUGUGGAGAUGAGCAGACAACUGCCACUCUGACAGUCAAUGCCCUACCAGCACUUUUUAAACAAGAGCUCCAGGACACCGAGGCAGAGGAAGGUGGCACAGCCACGCUGAGGUGUGAGCUGACCAAACCCAAGGCUCCAGUGGAGUGGAGGAAAGGGGAUGUCACCCUCUACCCUGGUUUGAAAUACGAGAUGAAGCAGCAGGGCUGCACCGCUGAAUUGGCCAUUUCUGACCUAGAACUGGAUGAUUCAGGGAUAUACACCUGUGACUCUGGACACCAGCAGACAACAGCUGUGGUGACUGUACAUGCACUACCUGUCACUUUUAAGCAACCCCUGCAAAAUCAGGAAUCCGAGGAGGGAAGCACAGCCACGUUCCGCUGUGAGCUGUCGAAACCCAAAGGUGCUGUGGAGUGGAGGAAAGGAGGAGUGGAGCUGCAGCCCAGCCAGAAAUAUGAAAUGAGGCAGAGGGAAUGCCUGGUAGAGCUCUUGAUACAUAACCUCAAAUUAGAAGAUACAGGAGAGUACAGCUGUGACACUGGGGAUGAGGAAACCACGGCAGCUUUAAACGUGAAAGCUCUGCCAGUUCUUUUCAAAAAGCAGCUCAAAGAUGAGGAGGCAGAAGAAGGAGCUGCGGUGAAGUUCCAGUGUGAGCUGACGAAGGAUAACGCGGCAGUGGAGUGGAGGAAAGGCACCAUGGAGCUCUUCCCGUGUGCCAAAUAUGACAUUAAAUUAAGUGGUUGCACGGCUGAACUUGUGAUUCACAGUGUGGAGCCAGAGGAUGCUUCUGAUUACACGUGUGACACAGGAGGCCAGCAGAGCACUGCAGUCCUCAGAGUGCAUGCCACCAAACCCCGGCUGAGGCAGCAUCUGAAGAAUGAAGAGGUGGAAGCGGGGGGGACAGCCAGGCUGCGCUGCGAGAUCUCCAUCAGCAAGGCAGAGGUGGAGUGGAGGAAGGACGGAGCUGUCCUGCACUCCAGCUCCAAGUACGAGAUGUGGCAGGACGGGACCCUCCGGGAGCUCCGUGUUCACCGCCUGGAGCCUGGAGAUGCCGGGGAAUAUUCCUGCAAGGCUGGGGAUGAGACGACCUCUGCCAAACUGACAGUGAAAGAGCCCGACGUGACCAUCGUGAGCGGCCUGAAGGACAUGGAGGUGUUCGAGGGGGACGAUGUCACGUUCCGGUGCCAGGUUUCCCACGAGAACGCCAGGGAUGUGGAGUGGAAGCUGCAGGACGUUGCCCUGCAAAACAACGAGAUGAACGAGAUCUCGGUGGAAAAAGGGAAGGUUCACACCCUGACCCUGAGGAAGGUGACUGAGCAGGACAUCGGCACCGUCACCUUCCGGGUGGGACGUCACACGUCCACGGCAGAGCUCACGGUGAAAGUGCCACCUCCAGUAUUUAAGGAGAAACUGCAGAGCCUGGAGCUGCAGGAGGAAGACACAGCCGUGCUCAGCUGCCGGGUCUCCCAGCCCAACGCUCAGGUGAAGUGGAAGAAGGGCACUCAGGUGAUCUCCCCGAGCUCCAAGUACGAAAUCAGGCAGGAAGGAACAGUCCACACCUUGAAGAUUUUUCACUUAAACCCAGAAGACUCUGGCAAAUACACCUGUGAUAAUGGAAACGAACAAACGACGGCCACUGUGACUGUUAAAGCUUUGCCUGUAACCUUCACACAACCACUGCAGAACCAACAGGCUGAAGAAGGUGGCACCAUCACUCUGAGCUGCGAGGUGUCGAGAUCAAACACCACAGUGCAGUGGAAGAAGGGCGGGGCUGUGCUGAGACCAAGUGACAAAUUCAAGAUGCGUCAGGCCGGGCCCGUGGCUGAGCUGACCAUCCACAACCUGAGCGCAGCUGACGCCGGGGAAUACACCUGUGACACAGGGGACCAGCAAACCACGGCCGUGGUGCACCUGAAAGAACCAGCAGUGACCAUAGUGGAGAUGCUGAAGGACGUCACCUCAUACGAAGGGGAGGACGCGGUGUUCGAGUGCAGGCUUUCCCGGGAAACAACCCAGGAUGCCAAGUGGUUCCUGGGGGAUGUGCCCCUGCAAUCCAACGAGAUGAACGAGAUCAGAGUCCAGGGGACACGUCACAGUCUGAUCCUGAGGAAGGUGACCCUGGAAGACUGCGGGUCCAUCAGCUUCAAGGUCGGGGAGCACACGUCGGCAGCACAGCUGAAGGUCCGAGCUGCUCCGGUCAUCUUUGUGAAGGCGCUCCAGAACCUGGAGCUGCAGGAGGGUGGCACAGCUCACCUGUCCUGCGAGGUGUCCAAGCCUGACGUCCCCGUGGAGUGGAAGAAAGGCACGUCUGUGAUCCACUCCAGCCAGAAGUGCAGCAUCAAGCAGGAGGGGAAGGUGCACACACUGGUGAUCCGCGACCUGAACCGCGCGGACGCGGGCGAGUACAGCUGCCAGACGGCUGAUGGCAGGACUGCAGCCAGGCUGGAGGUUAAAGGCCUCCCCGUGCUGUUCAAGCACUGGCUGAAGAACGAGGAGGUGGAGGAGGGUCGCACGGCCCUGUUGUUCUGUGAGCUGACAAAGCCCAACGCGCACGUGGAGUGGAGGAAAGGGGACACUGUUCUGCAGACGGGUGACAAGUACGAGAUCCGGCAAGAGGGGACACGUGUGGAGCUCCUCAUCUACGAUGCCGAGGCUCAGGAUGCCGGGGAGUACACGUGUGACUCGGGGGAUCAGCAGACCACGGCGUCGCUGCAAGUCAAAGUACUGCCAGUGCUGUUUAACAAAGAGCUGAGGAACGUAGAGACUGAAGAAGGGGGAACGGCUGUUUUGCACUGUGAGAUCUCCAGGCCGGACGCCCCCGUUGAGUGGAGGAAAGGAGGGGUGGUCAUUGAGCCCAGUGACAAGUACGAGAUGAAGCUGAAGGGCAGCAUAGCUGAGCUGAUCAUCCAUGGUGUAGAGCCUGAUGACUGUGGGGAUUAUACCUGCAGCACUGGAUACGAGAUCACCACAGGUUCUGUGUACGUGCAAGAAGAAGCAGCAGUGGUAGUUUCUGGUUUAAGGAACACAGACGUCUUUGUGGGCGAGUCAGCCACGUUCACCUGCGAGCUCUCGCACCCGGGCGUGAGGAACGUGCAGUGGUGGCUCGAUGGGACCCCCCUCCACAACAACCUGGUGACUGAAAUCUCUGAGCAGGACGGGAGGAUCCACACUCUGACCCUAAAUGACGUGGCCUGCCACGACUCAGGCACUGUCACCUUCAGAGCUGGGUCCCUUAUAUCUUCAGCUAAAUUAUUAGUCAAAGAUCCCACCAUUGAAGUGGUCAGUCCCAUGCAGGACAUAACUGUUGAUGAAGAUGGCCCAGCAGAGUUCAUAUGCCAAUAUUCUAGGCCAGUGCACGCCAUCUGGAAGAAAAAUGAUCAGGAAAUACAUGCAGAUGGGCAGCGAGUGAUUAUCGAUCAGGACUGGAAUGUGAGCAUGCUAAAAAUUAACCCUACGGUCCCAGAAGACACUGGCAUCUAUUCUUGUGAAGCUGGAGGCACUAAAGUGAUGGCUACACUUGAUGUUCAAGCCAAGAACAGCAUCGUGCAGGGCUUGGAGAACGUGGAAGCCGUGGAAGGAGGGGAAGCCCUGUUCGAGUGUUACCUCUCCAAGCCCGAGACCUACAAUUACAACUGGCUGAUUGACGACGAGCCUGCCAAGACCACGGAGAACACCGAGAUGGUUUACUUUGAAAAUGGGCUCAGGCACAUCCUGCUGCUGAAGAACCUCACCCCCCAGGACAGCUGCAGGGUGACUUUCAUGUGCAGCGACGCGGUGACCUCGGCCUUCCUGACGGUGAAAGGAUGGCGCCUGCAGUUCUUGCAGCCUCUCAAGGAUGUGGAAGUCUCUGUGGGGGAGAAAGCCACAUUUAGCUGUGUUCUGAGUGAAGCUGUGCCCAUUAAUGAAGUGUCCUGGUAUAGCAAUGACGUAGAGAUCCAGUCGGGUGAGGACUGGGAGGUACAAGCAGAUGGAAACAAAUACAAACUUAUUCUGAAAAAAGCCCAGCUGCACCAUUCUGGAGAGGUGACCUUUGCUUCCAGGGAAGCAAUUUCAUCAGCCAAGCUUUCUGUGAUGGAGCCUCCAGUUACAGUCACCCAGCCUUUGGUGGGAGGAUCAGUCACGGAAGGGGGGGUGGCUCGCUUGGAGUGCACAUUAUCCAGCAAAACUGAGGAAAAAGUGACGUGGUUCAAAGGAAAGGAACAAAUAAAAGCUGGAGGGAGAUACGAGAUCCUCUCUGACGGGAAAAAGCAGACGCUCAUUAUUCAUGGGUUCAGACCCGAAGACCAGGACACCUACACCUGCAUGGCUUCUCCUGAAGUCAAAUCUGUUGCCAGCCUGAGCCUUGAAGUGCCCACGGCGACGAUGCUGAAGGAGAUUGCCAGGGAAGCACCCCCUGCAAGCCAGCCAGGGGAGCUGGUGGACGGCCAGAUCCAGCCCAGCUUGCCCCCUGAGGCUGCUCAGGAGGGAGAUCUUCACCUCCUGUGGGAAGCCCUGGCCAAGAAGCGCCGGAUGAGCCGGGAACCCACCUUGGAUUCCAUCAGCGAGGUGCCUGAAGAGGACCUCGAGAGGCUGCAGAAGCUGAGGAAGGAGGAAGCAGAGAUGUCCCACUACUACUCAGAGGAGUAUUCCACGUGUGACGAGCUGGCCAGGACGGGAGAAGCCGAUUUCUCUUUCACAAGCUCAGAUGAUGAGUCCAGAGCUGGGACACCCUCACUGGUGAACUACCUGAAAAAGAAAGCUGGGAAGACGAGUAUCAGUGUCACCAGCAAGGUUCAGUCCACCUCCACAGGCAAAUUAUGGAAGCAGUGGGAGAAAUCCAGUGUGGAGACUGCUGUGACCACCACAGCUGCCAAACCAGCUGAACCAGAGCUGCCAGACUUGGAUGACCCUUCCAUGAACAAGGCUGCCGUGAAGAUCCAAGCCGCUUUCAAAGGCUACAAGGUCAGGAAGGAGAUCAAGCAGCAAGAGUGCCCCGUGUUCACCGAGACCUUCAAAGACUUCUCUGGCGAGCCUGGAAGCACUCUGCACCUGGAGUGUGUGGCCCACAGCAAAUCCGACAUGAAGGUCCGGUGGCUGAAGGACGGGCAGGAGCUUUCGGACGGCCGCUACUACCACAUAGACAACUACAGCGACGGGACCUGCUCGCUGAUCAUCGCCGGCCUGGACAGGAAGGACGCGGGAAAAUACACCUGCGAGGCGUCCAACAAAUUCGGCAAGGUCUCCCACAGCGCCAAGGUGGUGGUUGGUGCUCAGGAGGCUCAGGUGCUUCCUAAGAAGCAGGCGAAGCAGAGCACCGACAGCGAGACCGAGAGCUCGUCCGGCAGCGAGCUGGACGACGCCUUCCGUAAGGCCGGGAGGAGACUCCACAGGCUCUUCAGGGCCAAGAUCUCCACGGAGAUCUCUGACGUGGAGGAGGAGCUCUUUGUCAGCGCGGACGAGGGGGACAUCGACGUGGUGGACCACCAGACGUACCGGGAGGACGACCGGUACAUCUACAUCAAGUUCGAAGUCUUGUCCGAGGCCAAAACGGCCGCCACUCGCUUCAGGGAGAUGUUUGGGGCCCUGGGGAUCCCCGUGGAGAUCGAUAUUUUGGAGCAAGGCCCUAAAAAAGUUGAACUGCGUAUUGGGAAGGCCUCACCACCCACCUUCGGGAAGUUUCCACCACCAAUAGCGAGACCUCCGCCGCCUUUGCUGACUUCUGACACAGCUCCCAUGUUCAUGACUGAGCUCCAGAACCAGGAGGUCCAGGAUGGGUACCCGGUCAGCUUCGACUGCAUCGUCGUCGGCAAACCGCUGCCCACGGUCCGCUGGUUCAAGGAUGGGAAAGCCAUCGAGGAGAACGACCACUACAUGAUCAAUGAGGACCAGGAGGGGUGUCACCAGCUCAUCAUCACCGCCGUGGUCCCCACUGACAUGGGCGUUUACCGUUGCCUGGCUGAGAACAACAUGGGAGUGGCUUCAACCAAGGCUGAGCUUCGGGUGGACUUGACCAGCACUGACUAUGAGACAGCAGCAGAUGCAACAGAGACAUCCUCUUACUACAGUGCCAAAGAAUAUAUUUCAAGCCGAGAGCAGGAGGAAUCCACCACCGAGGAGGAGCAACUGCCCCAGAUCUUUGACGAGCUUCAUGACAUUCACGUGGCACCUGGAGCAUCACUGGCUAAAUUUCACCUGAAGGUCAAAGGGUACCCACAGCCUCGUCUCUACUGGUUCAAGAAUGGGCAGCCCCUGAAGGCCUCUGAUCGCAUCCUGAAGACUGACAGGCAGGAAUUCCACUCCCUGGAAAUUCGGGAUGUCACCAAGGCGGACGCUGGGCAGUACCUGAUCUUUGUCAUCAACUCUGCUGGCUCUGCCUAUUCCUCGGCCAGGCUGGUGGUCAAAGAUCCUUAUGAGAAAGAGGAGCCAUCCAAAACAGAUUCCCAUGAGCAGCUGAUACCACCGAGGUUCCUUGAAAGAUUUACUAAUAAAAAGGUGAAAAAAGGUGCAAGCAUCACGUUAUCUGUGAAAGUGGAAGGACAUCCACCCCCAACUAUUACUUGGAUGAAAGAGGAGUCCCGGAAAGACAUCCUGUGGAUCAAACCAGACACCCCUGGGUACAAACUUGCCAGUUCCAACAUGCACCACAGCCUGAUCCUGCUGGAUGUUAAGAAGAAGUACAGUGGAGCUUACACGUGCAUUGCCACCAACAAGGCUGGCCAGUCCAUCUGCACGGCCAACCUGGAGGUUGCAGAUGUGAAAGAGGCCGAAGUUCUGACCCAGGAGCGGGUGAUGGUGUCCGAAGCCAUCAUGACCACACUGGGAGCUAUUCAUCCCUCUGAAGCAAGAGAAGGAGACCUUGAAGGAAGGGAAGGUGUUCCCAAAAGCCCUAUUUCAUUAGCUGAUGUUGGCUCAGAAGAGUUCUUCCAGAAACUCACCUCACGGAUCUCGGAAAUGGUGUCUGCAAAAAUAACUCAGGCCAAGCUUCGAGUGCCAGGUGCAGAAAGUGAUGAUGACUCAAAAACUCCCUCUGCAUCUCCUCGCCAUGGACGGUCCAGACCUUCAUCCAUAGCUCAGGAGUCCUCCUCUGAGUCUGAAGAUGGGGAUUCCAGAGGAGAGAUCUUUGAUGUCUACAUGGUCACUGCUGACUAUGUCCCUGCUGCACCUGACAGGGAGACCAUCACCCUGAAGGAAGGACAGUACGUGGAAGUCCUUGAUUCAGCUCAUCCUCUCAAGUGGCUGGUCAGGACUAAACCCACAAAAUCGAGUCCCUCUCGGCAGGGUUGGGUGUCUCCAGCUUAUCUGGACAAGAAAUUAAAGUUGUCACCAGAGUGGGGGACAACAGAAAUCCCUGAGUUUCCUGGAGAGUUUGUUUCUGAAGAUGAAUAUAAGAGGAAGCUGAGCGUCUUCCUCCGAAGCCUGCAGGGCUGUGACACCGAUGAUGACGUGGCCAUGUGCUUCAUCAAGCACGAGGCAGAGUUUAACAGGUACAUCCAGUACCUGGUGGGAAGGGUGCAGGCUGAGUCUGUUGUUGUCAGCAAAGCUAUCCAGGACUUCUACAAGAGAUACACAGAUGAAUUUGAAACUAAUGAAGAUCCUUCACAACCACUUAUCCCACCACUGCAGCACUACCUGGAAAAACCCAUAAACAGGAUCCAGCAGUAUCAGACAAUAAUUAAGGAAUUAAUCCGAAACAAAGCAAGAAACAGCCAAAACUGCACCUUGCUGGAACAGGCUUAUGCUGUGGUGUCUGCCCUGACCCGGAGGGCAGAGAACAACCUCCAUGUCUCACUGAUUGAGAAUUAUCCAGGGACCCUGGAGAGCCUUGGUGAACCCAUCCGGCAGGGCCACUUCAUUGUGUGGGAAGGAGCUCCAGGAGCUAGAAUGGCAUGGAAAGGACACAAAAGACACGUUUUCCUCUUCAAAAAUUACCUUGUGAUCUGCAAACCAAAGCGAGACACAAAGACAGACACCUACAGUUACAUCUUCAAGAACAUCAUGAAGCUGAACAACAUAGAUGUGAACGACCUGGUGGAAGGGGACGACCGGGCGUUCGAGAUCUGGCACGAGCGGGAGGACCUGGUGCGCAAGUACCUGCUCCAGGCGCGGACCGUGAACAUCAAGAACUCCUGGGUGAAGGAGAUCUGUGGGAUACAGCAGCGGAUCAGCGAGCCCAUCUGGAUACCUCCAGACUUCGAGGAAGAACUGGCAGAUUGCACGGCCGAGCUGGGAGAGACAGUCAAGCUGGCCUGCAAAGUGGUGGGAGCUCCCAAACCAUCCAUCAGCUGGUACAAAGAUGGAAAGCCAGUGGAGGUGGAUCCCCAUCACAUUAUAAUAGAAGACCCCGACGGUUCCUGCACGUUGAUCUUGGACAACCUGACAGGUGUUGACACAGGACAAUACAUGUGCUUUGCUUCCAGUCCUGCUGGAAAUGCCAGUACCUUGGGAAAGAUCCUUGUUCAAGUGCCACCAAGGUUUGUGAACAAGGUCAGAAACGCUUAUUUUGUGGAGGGUGAAGAUGCCCAGUUCACCUGUACUGUGGAAGGAGCACCAAGGCCUCAAAUCAGAUGGUACAAAGAUGGGGUGCUGAUAAAGGACACAAAUAAAUACCAGGCUUUCAGUGAACCACGGAGUGGCAUCGUGGUCCUGGUGGUCAAGAACCCUUCCAAUGAAGAUAUGGGACACUACGAAUGUGAGCUGAUGAACAGAUUAGGGUCUGCAAAAAGUGGAGCAGAGCUUUACCACCACAGUGCUGCAGCCCUGACCCAGGAGAGGAGAGGAGACCAAGCCAUCACCAUUGAAGGAAUGACUCCCCCACAGCCAAGGAUGGAGACUUCUGUCCAGGCCUCGCUCCAACGCGCCGAUAAGGAGAUCAAGACAGCCCUGAGGAGACUCAUGGACUCGGCAUCGAUGCUGGUGACUCUUCCCCUGGGCGUGAGAGGAGAAGGUGGCCUUGGCCUUCCUGGGUCUGUUCCUCCAGACCUCUCAGAAACAGCAGCUGGGCCCCCUGUGCUGGUUCAUGAAGCCAGCACCCAAACCCAGGCUCCUGGAGGCCAUGACAAAGCACAAAGGCAGGUUUCAGCUGAAGAACCAAGUGUGCCAAAGCCCAGCCCUGGUCCUUCCCAGGAAGACACAGCUGCUGGAGACGGAAGCACUCGGGAACGCACCGUUCCCAUCGACAGAACCUCACCAGAGGCAGGGGCAGGAGGCUGGUACAGGAGAGAAGGAGACGUGGUCUAUGAUGUGCACAGUGAAGUUUACAUUGAGACCACGGAAAGAACUCGUGUGUAUAAGACUGAGGAGAAGACCCCAGCAAGUCCUCCCUACAUGCAAGUGACCAUAGAGGAUGUGCAGGUGAACUCUGGGGAACGUGCCAAAUUUCAGGCAGUCAUCGAAGGAACCCCUCCACCCACUGUGCUGUGGUUUAAGGGCACUUCGUUGCUGACAGACAGUGACAGAGUCCACCAGGGGAAGGAAGGGACAAUGUAUUUCUUAGCGGUGGACGACGCUGCCUUGGAAGAUGGUGGUGUUUAUACCUGUGUGGCCAAAAAUGCAGGAGGGGAGGUUUUGUGCAAAGCAGAGCUCGUUGUACGUGAAGCUAAGAAAGACCAAGAAGGAAAGAAAGUGGCCACCAGGAGAAAGCUCCACGCCCAUUAUGAGGUGAAGCAGGAAAUUGGAAGGGGCUGCUUCAGCUUCGUGAAGCGGGUUGUGCACAAAGGGAACAGAGUGUCCUGUGCUGCCAAGUUCAUCCCUCUGCGAAGCAAAACCAAGUCUCGAGCCCACCAAGAGAGGGACAUUCUCGCCUCUCUGUCCCACGACAGGAUUACCCGGCUCCUGGAUGAGUUUGAGACAAGGAAAACACUGAUUUUGGUUCUGGAGUUAUGCUCCAGUGAAGAGCUCCUGGACCGUUUGUUCAAGAAGAGUGUGGUCACCGAAGCUGAGGUCAAAUUGUAUAUCAAGCAAAUUUUGGAAGGACUCAAAUAUCUUCACGACAACAACAUCCUUCACUUGGACAUCAAGCCACUGAAUAUCCUCAUGGUUUACCCUGAGAGGGAAGACCUGAAGAUCUGUGACUUUGGGUUUGCUCAGAAGAUCACCCCCUUUGAGCCUCAGUACAGCAAAUACGGCUCCCCGGAGUUUGUUGCCCCAGAAAUUGUUUCUCUGUCACCGGUGUCAAAAGCCACUGAUAUCUGGGCUGUUGGAGUCAUCACGUAUUUAAGCCUCACGUGCAAGUCUCCGUUUGCUGGGGAGAACGACAGGAAAACCCUCCUGAACAUCCAGAGCGGGGAAAUUUCAUGGACCAUUCCCGACGUUGUUCACUUGAGCGAAGAUGCAAAGGACUUCAUGAAAGGGAUCCUGCAGCAGAACCCCAAAGCCAGGCCUAGUGCUUUGGACUGUCUGUCCCACAAGUGGUUCAUGCACAAUGUCCCCCUCGAAGCAGCUCAUUUCAUUAAUACCAAGCAGCUCAAAUUCAUUGUGGCUCGGAGCAAGUGGCAGCGGUCUCUGAUGUGCUACAAAUCCAUCCUGGUAAUGAGAUCUAUCCCAGAAAUCCUGGAAAGGACCCACGACAACACCUCCUUGGCCAUCUCCCGACACCUCAUUGAGGAAAGCACUUCAUCCAGUACCAGUGGCUCCUCUUCAGACAAUGAGAACUCGAAUUUCCCCAAGAAGAGGCACUUUGGCUCCACCCCGGAGCUGCACUUGCCCGUGUUUGAUGCACCAAGUUAUCGGGAGCCUCCAAAACGUUCAAGUGAGCAGAAGCACUCCAAGGCACCAGUCCCUCCAGUAAAACCCAUGAGGAGGAAAUAUGCUUCCAUGAAGGCUGAGGUGGGGGACAAAUCACCCACAGAAAGCAAAGAGCUCAUGGCCAGUGUUUUCCAGGAGAAAGAGGAGGGGCUCCAUCCCAGUGUUCGAGGCGAAAGAGCGGAGCCAUCCCAAAGGAGCGGUGCUGCUGAGCCUUCAUCCGUGAGGGCUUCCACGGAAAGCACAUCACAUCCAGGUCAGAAGGGAAAACCAGACAUGUCUUUAGCUGAUCAGGAGAGAAUUGAAAAGGCUGGGGAUGGCACAGAAAAGCCAUCUGCCUUUGUGCCCAGGCAGAGCGUCAUCAAAAGCACUUUCUACAGCCAAGCAACAGAGCUCCCUGCAAGGCCACCUUCCUCACCAGGCAGGGAGCUCAGGAGGCACCUGGACAGAGCCAGGAGGACUUUCCGGAAAGGUGGAUAUUCGAAGGUGCCCCUCAGUGGUCUCCGUGAGCCCCUCCUGGAGCAGUUUGAACUGGAAGAGGAAGAGGAAGGAGACGAUCGCAGGGAAAGCCUGCUGGGAUCCUUGACCAAAUCAGCUUCGUUUGACACUGCCAGGAAACCACCACAUCCUGCCAUUGCUGGUGCCAGCAGGAGCCGUUCCCUGGACGACUACAGGCUGAGAGCCUCGAGGUCACUGAGGGAACAAGAUAUUUUGGAAGAAGACUGUGAUGUCCUGUCCCAGGAGAGCUGCCCUGAAGGCAGUGACCACUGUGACAUUUCUGCAGGGCCUGGCAAAGGAUGUUCUGUAGACACAUCAAAGCAGGAGGAAGUCAGGAGAGCCAGCAAGGAUUGUUCAGGAGAGAAGCCCUCUCCUUCCACACAUUGUGAGGGUGAUGGGUGCCCAGCUGCUUUUAUGCAACAGGCUGAGGGACUUCCAGUGUCACCUCACAGGAGUGAAAAUAGGAAACCUUUACUGAAGAAGUCAAAAGCUACUGAGAUUGAGGAGGAUGUUGAAGAUUUGGAAGGCAAAAGCCCCAUUCUGACUGCCCAGUGCUCAGACACAACUGCAUCAGCAGCCCAAAAACAUGAGGGCAUGGAGGGUAAAUCUUCCUCUGACAUCACUUUUCAGGAGGGCAAAGAGUCCAUUCCAACCCUGACACAGUCAGAGGCCACCUCUGAGUCACCUCCCACGAGUAAGGGAGGUGUCUAUGUGCCCCAGGAGUCUGCUCACAGCACUGACAUCCACCUGGAUCAAAAAGGUGGAACGUUGCUGAUCAAAAGGACAGCCCCAGUUCCACCUUGGAAGGACAAAAGGCAGAAACAUUCAGGUGAAAAGACUUCUGCUCAUGGCGUUGCCGAGUCUGAACUCAUGGAGCAUGAAAGCUCUGCUGUUCCAGCAGAACAGACAGAGACCGAUUCACUUCCAGUACAUAAAGAUAAAAGUCAGGAACUUCCCGAGAAAAGUGUUCCAGCAGCUCCUGUCUCGCUGGGCAAGCGGCCAGGUGCCCUCACAGCUGGUGAAGGGGCUCCUCAGAAGGUGAAGACCCGCAAAGAGGUGAGAUCUGCUGUCCUGGAGGAGGAAGGGCUGGGUGUGACAGGAGUCACUCCACCAUCAGCCCUUGCUGGUGGAAGCCAAGCUCACGGGAAGGCUCCUGUUCAUGGACUCACAGCAUCAGCCAGCCUGAAAGGAGGGCACCUCGCUGUUCCCAAAGUCCCAUCACCACAGUCAGUGCUGAGUCCAAUCUCCGAUGGAGCACGGGCUGAAAGGGAAGGGCCAGCUCACAGCAAGGGGAGGUUUGCUGCUCUGAGGAGUGAAAGCUCUGCUGUCACAGAGGUUGUUCCCAGCUUGGCCCAUGAAGGAGCCAAACCCCAGAAGGUUCCUGAAGGCCGUGCUGUUCCAGAGAGCAGACACACAGCGGGAACAGUGUCCUCCCAAAGCACUGCUCUCCCUUCAGUCUGUCAGAAGGAAAAACGAGAACAUCCAUCCCUUCACAGCGAGGUGAGAUCUGCUGUGACAGCAAGUGGAAGCCCAGCAACUGCACAGACCACGUCUGCUCCUUUCCCCAAGGCUGGACAUCGGGAGUUGGAGCAGCACAGGGCUGCCAGUCCCGGUGCGGGGAUUUCUGAUGGUCUGGGGGGUGCAUUAACUGCUGCACAACCAGAAGGUGCUCCAGCUUCAGCCUAUGAAGUAGAAUACGAGGAAUAUCCAAAGGUCCAUGGUGAGGGUGGAGGUGUUGCCUUAGAAAGUGGAAGAUGUGACGCUGGAAAAGCUGUCCCACCGUCGCUCCGCAGGGAUCGCCGUCAGGAGCGGUCACAUCACAGGUCUUCCUUUUACAGUGAUGAGGAGUCUGCUGUGCUGGAGGGCUUGGUGGACGAGAUGGUUUCCCUCUCUGAAGAGAUGAAUGUUUGGGCAGAGUCAGUUUCUGGAGAGAAGGAGAGCAGAAAGCACAUCUCUCCUCCCACACAGGUGUUCUACAGAGGCCCAGGUAGCCAAGCACCCAUGGACACCUCCUCCCCUUCUGUAAAACAGGGUGAAAGAGGGGAAGUCUUUGAGCAGGAUGACCUUGAAGAACCCUACCUCGCUGUGAGUGAGGAGUUAGAGGUACUGGAAGGGCAGGGAGCACAGACAGUUCCUCAUGAGUGUGAACACCUGGAGGACUUGGCGUUUGAGAGCCCCCCUUCCAGCCGAGCCAGUGUUUCCUCAACAGAGAGCUUGGACACUGGGAAAAGACCCAGUCAGGUGUCAGUGACCAAGGACACCGGGAAACACCCAGAAGUGUCUCUGGUGAAAAUCAAAGACCUGUCAGAUGAAACCCCCAGCACUGGCAGCGGCCCUCAAAAAUUUGACAUCUCAGAGGUGGAACCUGCCUACUUGAACUUCUCUGACUUGUACGACAUUGUCUAUUUUCCGUUUGAAUUUCUGAGCUACAAGAAGCCUUCGCCCAAGCCAGUCCAUAGACGGUUUAUUCCUCUCGGUGAAAGGGCGAGGUCCCCUCCUGCAGGGCAUCUGCACAAGGAUAAGAGGCUGUGCAUCAGGGAGCAGGCAGAGGACAAGAACAGGAAGAACCGUUUGGAAAUAUCUGAGGACUCAAAGGCAGCUCACUUAGUAGCCAUGGGGAAAGGGCCAGAGAGCCAUAAAGAAAUGUAUAGCUCCCAAAAGGACUCCAGUGGGAAGCAGAAAAGCUCUUUCCACACCAAGCCAGGACUCUUUAAGCCAUAUGCAAGGUCUCAUUCCAUGGAGCUGUCAGUGGAGCAGAGUCUGAAGAAGAAAGUAAAGGCUUCUGUUGCCCAUAUUUCAAGAAUCCUAAAAGGAAAGACAUCUCCUGAGCCAGAGGCAGAGGAAGAGUUUGGUGAGCUGGGAAGUGAGGCAGCAGAAAAAGAGCUGUUAAUGGGGGCUGAAGGAUCUCUGAAGAGGAAGUCAGCACUCUCCUCAUUCAAGUUGCCAAGCCUCAUGCCAAAGGAGAAAGCCCCAUCCUUCACUGAUGAGCUCAUGGACCAGGCUGCUGCCGUGGGACAGUGCGUGACGCUGUCGUGCCGGACGGCAGCUCACUCCUCCCUGCACAUCAGCUGGUUCAGAGACGGGAUCCCUGUCCAGAGCAGCAGCCGGAUCCUCAUCUCAUCCACCCUCAAACACUUCCAGCUCUUAACUAUUCUCUCUGUUAAUCCUGAGGAUUUUGGUAUUUACACCUGUGUGGCCACAAACUCCCUGGGCUCGGCAUCCACCUCUUGUGUCAUAAGAAAAGCAGAGGUUCCUCCCAGCCCUCCACCCCCUGACAUGGUGGAAGUCUACAAGGAUGGAGUGCAGGUGGUCUGGAAACCUGUGGAGACCAACACCCCUGUCCAUUACACCAUCCAGUGCAAGAGUGAAGAUGGGGAGUGGACAACUCUGGCUUCUGACCUCGCUGACUGCUGCUACUAUGCCAAAAAUCUGCCCAAGGGGUUUAUCUACCACUUCAGGAUUGCCUGCACCAGCAAAGCAGGAAUGGGCCCCUACAGCGACCCCUCUGCCAGCGUGAAAAUCACUGGGAAGGAUCCAAUGGAGCUUCGUGCUGCAACGCAGGACAUCCCAGCACCUGCUACUGAGGAAGAGAGUGAAAUAAUCACACCAUCCGAGCCCUUCCCAACCUACCAGACCUACGCCUUCCAAACAGAGAUCAAAAGGGGGCGAUUCAGCAUCGUCCGGCAGUGCAGGGAGAAAGUGAGUGGCAAGGCUUUGGCUGCAAAAAUCAUCCCUUACUGGCAAGAGGACAAGCAGACUGUGCUCCUGGAGUACCAGGUCCUGAGGAAGCUCCACCACACAAACAUAGCCCAGCUGAAGGGAGCCUAUGUCAGCCCACGGCACUUGGUGUUGAUCCAGGAGAUGUGUGUGGGACCAGAGCUGCUCCACUCCUUGGCACUACGGACAUCGUACUCCGAGGUGGAGGUCCGGGACUACCUGUGGCAGAUCCUCAGUGCCACCGAGUACCUCCAUGCCCACGACAUCCUGCACCUGGAUCUCAGGUCUGAGAACAUGAUCAUCACCGAGCCCAACCUGCUGAAACUCCUGGAUUUUGGGAACGCACAGUUCUACACACAAGACAAAGUCAUUACCAUGGACAAGUGCAUGGACUAUGUCGAAACCAUGGCUCCAGAACUGCUGACAGAGCAAGGAGCCCUCCCACAGACUGAUAUUUGGUCCAUCGGAAUCACAGCCUUCAUCAUGUUGAGUGCCAACUACCCCGUCAGCUCCGACGUGCCCUGUGAGUUCCUGAGAACCACCAGGAAGGGCAAAGUGAAGCUCACGCGGUGCUACGCGGGUCUGUCCGGGGGGGCUGUGUCCUUCCUCCAGAGCACCCUGUGUGCAAACCCCUGGGGAAGGCCGUCAGCCUCCGAGUGCCUUCAGAGCCCGUGGCUCCAGGAGACAGGUUUGGACAGCAGGCAGCAAGCACUGGUUACCUUCCCCACCACCAAACUGAGGAAUUUCCUCAUGGAAAGGGAAAAGAAGAGGGGCCUGCUGUGCUCCAAGUACGGCCUCAUGAUUGCACAGUGACGUGGAUGGGACAGGCAGGAACUGCCUCCCUGUCCCUUCUGCACUCAGUGUUUGGUACCAAACUGUCCUGCCAAGCUGGUGUCCAUCAGCUGAGCUGGGGUCACUGCUCCCUGUGUUUGUGCUGGUGUGUCCUGCCUGCCACAGGCUGUUCCUGCAUAUUCUGUGACUUGUUGGGUAACUGGGCCAGCAGACAGUGAAGGCAGCAAAUGCACCAGUGACCAUGGCCUUGUAACGUGCAGGUGUUGUCCUUUGCCACUUUGAAGCCAGGCUGCUCUUCCCUGGGGGGUGCACAGGCCCUUCUACCCAGAGAUGUGGCAAAGGCUCUGUGUUUUAAUUCUUUAAAAAAUCCUGAACUUUCACGUUGUUUCUCCUUCCAGCCCUGCUUUCCUCUGCAAUGGGUGGUGUUGGCUGUGUCGUGGCUUUGUACUCAUAACCUCAGUGCUCCUUCGAGUUUCUCUGCAGUGAUUGAUGCAUCUGUUGGUGCCACUGACUUCCUUUGAUUUUCCACACAAGCAGCAUUAAGUGGAGGCUUUCUCAGAGCUGUAUCUGUCUGUGUUUAGAGGAAGGAACACAGAGAACAGUUCCUGAUGCAUUGCAGUUUCAUACUAGAGUUGAGGCUGUUUAACCAGGGAUGGCCUUUCCCAACAUGUUUAACCCCUGUUGUUCCAAACCUGAAGGAUGCAGGUUGUGACUCCUUCCCCUGCUCAGUGUGCAGAGCAGGAGUUGUGACCUGGAACACUUUCCCUGUGCUGUUGAGAGCAGGCACUGACUCAGUGGAUUGUAAAACUUUUGAAUGUUGAAGGAAUAUUGUCUUCAUUAAGCUCUACAGGAGAGAAAACCAGGGGUUUAGGGACAGACUCCACACUCAGCUCUCUCAGGGGAUAGAAGAGUUACACGAGACAGACACUGCAAUGAGAGCUGCCCCCUAGUAAACUUUUCAAAUUUAUUCCUGGAUUCCUUCCAAUUUAACUUCUCUUACAAAUCCAGUCAGGUUUUUGUUGGCACGGGCUGGUUUUUUACUCUUGCUGUUGCACUUUGGGAUGGAAAGCUCAGUGCCAGGGGAGAACCCACUCGAGCAUAAAACUUAAUUGCAGAUUAACUCAUUUGGAGCUUUCACACUCUUCCAUAUAUGACUUUUUUUUUUUUUUGCUUCUCACAACUGCAUGCAUUUGAGCAUGUCUGAAGUCUUUUAUAGACUCAAUAUUGUUUGGUUAAAUAAAUCAUUCUGACAAGCAAGUAAAGCCAGAUUUUUCUGCUGAA